ACCUAUAGAAGAAGAAAGUUGUGACGUAGGAACCUAAACAGGAAGUUGGCUGCACGUUUUCAGCAGCAGCUGCGAUCUGAGAUGGAGCAGCUUCCCUGAGCAGCCAUGGCAGCAGGCAGACUCAGCUUCAGGAACGUGACAGCCCUGGCCCCCAUGGUCCGGGUCGGGACCCUGCCCAUGAGGCUGCUGGCCCUGGACUACGGAGCUGAUGUGGUUUACUGUGAGGAGCUGAUUGACAUCAAGAUGGCUCAGUGUGAGAGGAUGGAGAACGGUGUGCUGGGAACUGUGGACUUUGUGGCUCCAGAUGGACGGGUUAUGUUCCGGACCUGUGAGAAGGAGAAGGCCAGAGUGGUCUUCCAGAUGGGAACCGCCGACCCCGACAGGGCGCUGACGGUGGCCCGGCUGGUGGAGAAAGACGUGGCCGCCAUUGAUGUCAACAUGGGCUGUCCCAAGGAGUACUCCACCAAGGGUGGAAUGGGAGCUGCUCUUCUGUCAGAUCCAGACAAGAUUGAAGCUAUCUUAAAAAAGCUGGUGACAGGAGUCUCAGUACCAGUGACGUGUAAAAUCCGGAUCCUGCCGUCGGUAGAGGAGACGGUCAAUCUGGUCCAGAGGAUAGAAACCACCGGCGUCGCCGCCAUCGCUGUCCAUGGCAGGUUUAAGGAGGAGCGUCCCCGUCAUCCUGUCCACUGCGACUACAUCCAGGCUGUCGCACAGGCCGUUUCCAUCCCCGUGAUCGCAAAUGGGGGGUCACUGGACCUGGUGAAGGCCCACAGUGAUAUUGAAAAGUUCAGGAAGGAAACGGGAGCCUCCUCAGUCAUGCUGGCUCGUGCUGCCAUGUGGAACCCGUCGGUGUUCAGAAGCCAGGGACUCCUUCCUGUGGAGAAAGUCAUGGAGGAAUACAUCAAAUACGCGAUCCGAUAUGACAACCACGCCUUCAAUACUAAGUACUGUCUGUGCCAGAUGUUGAGAGACAAGGUGGAGUCUCCUCUAGGGAAGCAGGUGCAGGCGGCACAGACCAACGCUGAGAUCAGUACUGCAUACGGACUGCAAAGAUUUUACCAGGAGGUCCAGGAAGAGCUGCAGGCCAAGAGGGACGCCCUGCAGAGCGACAGCCAGCCGGACAGACCCAUCAUGGACGGGGAUGUGACCACCAUGGCUGUCAGGUUCGAACGGAGAGAGUAUCCACCACAGAUCACACCAAAGAUGUUCCUGCUGGAGUGGAGCCGCAGGGAGAAGCUGGAGCAGCCACAGUAUCACACCGUUCAGCGCUCUCAGGAUCGAGCUUUCCAGUCAACUGUGACUGUAGCUGACAGGAAAUACAGAUCAUCCCUCUGGGAGAAGUCCAAGAAGUUUGCAGAGCAAGCUUCGGCCAUCGUCUGCCUGCGAGUGUUGGGGGUCCCAGAAGGUCGCAUUGGUGAAGAGGAUUCAGGCUUGGUCUGCAAGAGGAAGAGGGAGGGAAAGGCCAACAACAGCAGCGAGGAGGGGAGGAGCAAAAAGCUACAUGUUGAUGUCCUGCAGGAAACAGAAACCCAGGAGCCUGCAGUGGGGAUGAACGGAGACAAGCAGAGCACAGAACCCCCAGAACCAGCAGAAGCUUUAAAAGAAGCUCCUGUCAGGUGAAACCAGGAGGAACUGGCAUCAGGAGUGGACCGGGAGCUGAUAGGAAACUCCAUCCAAGAGCAUCUCUGCUUCAUCAAUCAAUCACUGAAGUCAGACAGGCUCAACUUUAAGGCUUUGCUUCAGUUUUCAGUUGUAUUCCUGAAGAGCAGAGAAGUUUAGCUGAUUCACUCAGCCGGAGCUGAGACAUGCGCCGUUAAUGCUGCUUUUUAUUUUAACUAGAAAUAAAUCUUUUAUUUUAGAGUUUAGGUUUCUGUUAAAACAGCAGGUCACUAAAUAAUCCUCUGUGCCUUACUGUCUCAACUGGUUUCCAGUUGGCCCCUUAUGUCUCUGAUCUGAACAUCAUCAGAUUAACAUUUUUUUUACUUUUUUUUUUUGUCCUCUAUAAUCAUUUUAACUUCAUCGGGCUGUCUGGAGGGAUUUCAGUCAUUCUUUAAACACUUUUCACUCAUUUAAUUACAGCAUAAAUAAAUGAAUGUUAUCAUUAGUGUGAAUUUGGUUUAGGAUUAAAUACGUUUUCUGCUUUUU